AUGGCUUCAAAAAUACGGUGGCAGAAAAUCGGGACACCACAAAGAGUCGGGACAGGGCGGUGGUACUCGGUCCUGAAUCACAGCAGAGUCAACCGGGCUUCAAACCAGUUCAUCUAUUCCAACAAACCUCAGGUUCGAUUUGCGACAACAGGGGGAAAAGAUGUUUCAGCCAGCAAAUUGCCUCCUCAUGCGCUACUCCCCAACUUGAUGUUAUGGCGAUCACUGCUCAUUGCAACUGUCUCCACUCACCGAUUUCUUCUCGGUCCAGCUUUAUCAGUUCUGUCUUUCUUCUCAAAACCAAGAAGGGGAUUCUUGAGUUUACAAGACAAUCUUCUGCUUCGGAAGAUAUUCAAAGGAACUCUUUACAAUCACUUCUGUGCCGGAGAGAAUUCACAAGAAGUCAAGGCUACUAUAAACAAUAUCAAGCACAUGGGUUUCAGAGGGGUGAUUCUUACAUAUGCGGCUGAAGUUGUGGUUGAUAAAACAUCUGAGGAAGAUACUGCAAACGGCCUAGUUGAGCCCAAAGACGGGUCUACCCCAGGUACUCUCCGAGAACACCUACAAGACCAGGGUAUUGAAGAGUGGCGAAAAGGUGUCCUGAAGACAGUGGGGAUGGUUGGGGAGGGUGACUAUCUAGCUCUGAAGUUCACUGGGGCCGGUCCCGCGGUAUCUGGUGCUCUCGAGGCACAGAAGCCCAUUCCUAAGCAAAUGAUCGAAGCUCUUAAAGACGUGUGCAACGAAGCAUUAAAACGAGAAGCCCGGAUCCUAGUAGACGCAGAGCAACAUUUUCUCCAGACAGGAAUCGAUCUCAUUGCCAUGGAGCUUAUGCAGAAAUAUAACCGCAACGGUCAAGCAAUAGUGUUCAACACGUAUCAGGCAUAUCUAAAGCGCACACCGCAAGUGCUGCAAAAACAUCUUCAGGAGGCCCGAAAAGGAGACUUUGUUCUUGGGGUCAAACUUGUUCGAGGUGCUUAUAUUAACUCGGAGCCUCGCCAUUUGAUCAAUGACACCAAAGCGGAAACCGACAUCUCAUACGAUAGUAUUGCGCACAAAUUGCUUCAUGGGCAGUACCCACUAGAGGAGCAGGUUGAUCAGCCGCUUCCAAGAUUGGAACUGUUUCUUGCCACACACAACCGUGCAAGUGUAUUAAAGGCGUAUGAAUUGCAACAGUCGCACAAGGAAGAAGGCUUACCACUAAUCAAGGUGCAAUACGGACAGCUACUUGGAAUGGCAGAUGGUGUGAGCUGUGCCCUGUUGCAGCUAAAACAGGAGGCUAUUAAUAAGGAUAACACCAUCUCCCCUGAGGCUUACAAGUGUCUCAGUUGGGGGACUUUAGAAGAAUGCAGCUCAUACUUGUUGCGUCGUGCUGUGGAAAAUAGAGAUGCUGUCACGAGAACGGAGGAAGAGUAUUAUGCUUUGAAGAAAGAAGCCGCAAGGCGACUUCUCGGAAAUUCUUCUUGA